AUGGGCGGCCUGGCAGGCGCGGCGCUCACCUACGCCGCGCUGAGCCUCAAUGCGAGCGCCGAGCCCGGCCCCGCUCCAGCUCCCGCUUCCAUCCCCACCCCCGCUGCUCCCAAGCAGGGAGCUGCGCGCUUCGGAUCGCCCGACGACUACCGCGCAGCGAUCGCGGAGAUCCGCACUCUCCUCCUCGACGACGUGACCACCGACGAGAGCGACCGCGAAGCGCACGCGGCCAACGAGUGGUUCUACGGACCGCAGCAGGCGCCUUGCGCCGUCGUGUUCCCGCACUCGACGGCGGACGUGCAAGCCAUCGUGCGCAUAUGUGCGAAAUACCGUGUGCCGAUCAUUCCUUACGGGGCCGGGACGGGGCUGGAGGGGCAUUUCUCCGCGCCGUUCGGCGGCGUGUGCGUCAACCUCGGUCGGCAUAUGGACAAGAUCGUGGCCGUGCAUCCCAUGGACGGUGAUGUGGUAGUGCAGGCGGGCAUCGGGUACGAGACACUGAACAAGGCGCUCGCGGACGCAGGGCAUGCACUGUUCUUCCCGCUUGAUCCGGGGCCGAACGCCAGCGUCGCGGGCAUGCUCAGUACGGGGUGCUCAGGGCCUAAUGCAUUGCGUUAUGGCUCGGCGCGCGCCGAGUGGUUCAUUAACGUCACGGCCGUGCUCGCCGACGGGACCGUCGUCAAGACGCGCCAGCGAGCUAAGAAGUCUUCAACUGGCCCGGACAUGACCAAGCUCUUCAUCGGUGCCGAAGGCACGCUGGGUAUCGUCACGGAGGCCACGCUCCGCCUCACGCCCAAGCUGCCCACGCGUGUCGCGGUCAUCUCCUUCCCCUCUGUUGCUCAUGCGGUCCAGGCCGUCGUCGACGUCGUGAACCAGGGUGUGAACGUGCAGUGCGCCGAGCUACUGGACUCCCUCUUCGUCCAGGCCGCAAAUCAUUUGGGUAUCGUGCCGAACCCCCUACCGGAGAAGGACACGAUCUUCUUCAAGCUGCAGGGCACAGAUGCCAUGAUGGUCGAAAGCGAGCGGCUCAUCCGUGAGAUCGCCGAGAGAAAUGAGAGCAUCGAGAUGCGUAUGGCGCACGACGACAAGGAGAGUGACGCGCUCUGGGCCGCGCGCAAGGGCGCGUUGUAUGCGGCCCUCGCGCAUAGCGGAUACGAGACACCGAUGCUGUACGGGAACGACGCAUGCGUCCCUCUCUCCGCGCUUCCCCAGUUUGUCGCCGACUGCCAGAAGGAAAUGAAGGAUCGGGGGAUUUACGGCCCAAUCGUCGCCCACCUUGGAGACGGGACGGUGCACAGCACAGUCAUUUUCAACUCGCACGACGAGCUACCCGCAAUGCAUGAGCUUAUCAGCGGCUUCGUCAAGAAGGCUAUCGCGCUCGACGGCACGUGUACGGGCGAACACGGCGUCGGGCAGACCAAGAAGAAAUACCUUCCUAGCGAGCUGGGAGAUGGGACAUGUCGGAUGUUGAGGACCAUCAAGGAUACGCUCGACCCGCUGGGAAUCAUGAACCCGGGCAAGUUGUAUCCCGACGAGCCGGAUGCGCCGGGCCAGGAUGCCAACUACGCGCCGCCACCGCCAGCCUGCUGUGCAUAG